CCCUGUACCCUCCUUCUCUCCCAACUCGUGCGCCAUGAGGAUUAUAUCUUUGGUAAUCCCAUUAUGCCUGUUACUAAUAACAGAAGCGAAACGAGCGGAUCUCCGGCCUCGUAUCGCGGAACCGCAAGUUUAUUACGAAGAAGACGACAGCCAGGCAGCCGAGGACGAUUACAGCCCAGCGGUCUACCAACCGCGUACACGUGCCCUUCCUUCGCCACGUUCGAAGGACGCUCUGCACUCAUCGAAGCCUCCGCCAGUCCAGACUAUUCGCAAUUACAACAAGGUGAACGACGACGGAUCUUUCACUUUCGGCUACGAGGCAGCGGACGGCUCGUUCAAGGAGGAAACUCGUGGAACCGAUUGCGUGGUGCGCGGUAAAUACGGCUACAUCGACCCUGACGGCAACAAAAGGGAGUUCACGUACGUGUCCGGCAAUCCGUGCGACCCGAAUGCGCCCAAGGAAGACGAGGACGACCUCGCCGACAAGCAAGAGGAGGACGACAUCUCCGGCCCGGCCAAUUAUCCUUCCGUGAGGCCGAUACCGAGACCGGCGGCCAGACCUGCUUACCAACACCCCACCACGCCCAGACCACCCACCACCAUAUUCCAAACGCAAUACCAGUUGGACGACGACGCCAGUCAAGAGCUGGGCGACGAGGACUUCGUGAAACCGUCCCAAUUGAGAGGGAGCGGUUACAGAACGGCCCAACAGCCAACGGCCUACGUCCCGGUCACGCCGUCCACGGCUCUCUACGAGCCAUCGCCCACCGCCAACCCCGCCGCCCUCUACAGACUAGCCUCCUCCACCACGCAAUACCAGAGCACAGCCUCGCCCGUUCUCCGCGGCCAACCCAGCGUCUCCCCCGCCGCCUAUCAAACCCUCGAGACGACGACCCGCCGCCCUGCGACCCGCCACCCGAAGCCGCAAUCGGUCGCAAUCACCCCUCGGCCCCACGUUGCACAAGUCGCCGCCCAGUACGUGUCCCCGAGUAGCACCGAGCGUCCAGCGUUGUCCUACACCCGACCCUCGUCGCCGGUCACCGUCACGCCCAAUCUACGCACCACCACCGCAUCCACCACGUCCCACCUCGACUUCGCCGCCGAGCUCGAGCGUUACGUGAACACCGUCGGCGUGUCGAGCCCCAAGCCCGUGCAACCGUCCCAAUCGGCCAAAGUAAAACCGGCGAUCGCAGCGUCCAUCCCGGCCGCAGACCCCAUCUACCAGUCGGAGCUCGUGUACGAUCCCGCAACCGGUCAGUACAACACCCAACUAUAUCAAUCGCUACCCCAAACCGUGGGCGACUUCACCCUAAGUCACAAACUCCAACCGUUCGUAGCCCAGCCCCAGUCCUAUCUCGGCCUCCAGCAGUUGCAGCAGAUCCAGCCCCAACAGCCCCAACGCCAGUCCCCGCUUUAUAAGCAACCGGCCGCCCCCCAGCCAUCCGCCACCGUCAACCAACCCCAGGAAGUGCUGUACAGGAAGCAACAGGCCCAACUGUUGCAACAGUCGCAGCAGCUCUACGCCCAACAGCAGAGACGGCAGCAACAACAGCAACAACAAUCGACACCGUCGCACAGGCUUCAGCUGCUCGAGUCCCAGACGCAACCGCAGUCCUUUUACUACGUGGCGCCUGCGAGGUCCUCCAACUCGGCCAGCGCGCCACUUUCCGUAGAAUGAUAUGCUUCUCGCAUCGACGACAUCAACGUUCCAUGGACAUUUGCAUAAAUACGACGAUUUUUAUUAAAAUAGAUUCGAUGCUAACACACUGUGAUAGAACUGACUUUCGAAAUCGUUAUUUAACUUUCUAAAAGUUUAUAAAAUUUCGUACAAAUGUAACAAUUUCACUUGCAGACAAAUCUAUAAAACGAUAAAAAUACGAUUUUCCAAUUCUGAUUUCUCAAAACUAGUUCAUUUCGUAACGAAACUCGAAGAGACGACGACUAAAAUUAAUAAUGACAUCGUUGAUAAUGUUAUCUAACAUCGUAAUUAACGAACCAAUUUUCAGCUUCGAAAUUACAUUAUUUCUUUUUCUUUCUUUUUUUUCUUUUCAUAAACGUUUCGAGAACGACUAUCAUUAGAGAGUGAAAGUCAAUGACCUGACGCAAUAUAUACUCACGCACACGAAACGCAUUACCAUAGUAAUUUCUCGUCGCGUCUAUUCAUAUUGUAACAUUGCAGAUUCCGAACGCCACGACCAGAAUUAUUCAUCGUGUGCUCACGAUCGUUUCGAAUAGAAUCCCGACCUACGUGCUCAUUCGAUUACAAAAUGCGAAUCCGUAGGAUCGAACCGGAUAAAUGUUUACCGUUUAAACAACGACGCCAUGUUUAAUCGCACCGACACACAGCGUUUCCCAGGGAAAUGAUUCAUAGGAAAUACGUAAGAAAUUGACGAGGGAAUUAAUUACAAAAUCGACCGCCACUUUGCAUUUGAUUUAUGACCUAUUUAUCCGAAUUGAUCAGAAAAUGAUAGAUUGAUGAUUUUUUAACAAAUUGGAAAAAUUAAAUUUUCAUUCGAAUAAGUAGAUUCAAUCUUAAUCGAACUUCAAUUAAAUACACAGAAUUCUAGUAUACUUGCAAUAAAUUCAUUCCUUUGCACAAUUAAAGCCAGUAAUAUGAAAUAGAAUAUGAUGAAUCGUGUAAGUGGAUAAACUGGUUCAUGUGUGACAGAAAUCUUGACUUGACUCUUUUUUCAUUGAACAGAAGUUGACGUAAUCCCCGAAUAAAAUAUCUCGGCAAAUAAAUUAACAUCGUAUCGCUUAAACUUGUCCACCGAACCACUUGAAACUCUGCAUAACAAAGAUUGCAGAGACACGUGUAGAGUAUCCACGCAACUCGAUAUUACGUAGAAGAAGAAAGAACCAGAACCGCUUCAUCCGCGUUUCUACGAUAAAUAAAAUUCCGAAUUCACCGACUUUCACCCUGUCCAUCAUAUACAAUAUUUCCGUGAGUAAAGUCGCGUUUACCGACUCCGCACGAUUCGAAACCAAUCGUCGAUCAAUAUAACGAAUCGGGUUCAAGAUCGUUUGGCAACGUUCGAUUUAAAAUUUUCGGUUCCAAUCGAGAGACACUAAAUUCUACGAGGAUAAAUGUAGCAUUACUUUCAUUGGCGUGGUCUGCAUUCGCCCGCUCGAACAGGGCGAACAAAACACUUUCUAUUUUGCAUUCCCUGUCGCAAGUGUGAGAAUCGAUUCGAAUCUGAAUCCUACGACUCGAUUCCGUGGAAAGCUAUGCGAUCGCGUAUCACCACGUGUGGAAACACGUGGAUCGAGAGGCGUGGAUCGAUAUGAAUCACGUGCAAAACGUUUCACACGCAUCGACUCGUUUCGUAUCGAUGGUAUAUAUAUAUAUAUAUAUAUAUGUAUGUAUCGGGAUUGUCGCGAGAUUUUUGAGAAAUAUUUUCCCCGAUACGCGACGCCAGGCCGACGAUCGUCAACUUCGAUUUAUAUAUUUAUCGUGUAUCUAUUUAUUAGUUGUAAGCUCUUUUGAACGAAGAGUGAGUAAAAGCGGAACGUUAUUCGUAUUUAAUCGAGACGAGGGUGUUAGGAUACAAGGGACAUGGGCGUCUCGAGAAAAUGAAAUUGCGGAUCUAGCGCAAUUAAGUAAAAUUAUGUUGUACGGUAAAACUCUGUUUAUGCGAAAUAAUUGGAAGAUCAGGGUUUCAGGUAUCUUAUUUAAAAUUUUAUGCAAAGUUCGAUGGGUUUUUGUUUUUUUUAAUAUUUGAACAAAAAAGGAAAUCGAUGGAUUUAAUAAUAAUAAUAAUGAUAAGCUUCGUUUGUUGGAUUCUUCGUUAAAAAUUCUGGAUUUUUUAAAUAAGAAUAUAAAGCUCAAAUUUUGGUUAACUUGUUUAAAUUAAAUUUCCUUUCCUUCGCAUAAACGAAGCUUUGCUGUACUUGUAAUCUUUUCUUGUCGACGGUAUCGUGCAGAAGCGUCGACAUGCACUUGUCUACUCAUAUUGUAAAUACUUUAUCUCGUUAGAAUUAAAUAUAUCUAGCGGCUACCUAGUGAUUUAUACGUUUCAGUACUACGUCGAUAAGGAACACGUCUCUCUUAUACGUUUAUAGUUGUUUUUUUAUAUAUAUAUAUAUAUAUUAUAUAUAUAUUAUUUGUAAACGUGA